CUGAAAUCUAAGUGAGGUGAGUGAGUGAGAUUUGGGAUGAGGAUUCUCUGAGAUCUGAAAUAUAUAUACAUACAUACAUACAUAUAUAUAAGACAGAAAAACAUGUUCAAGUCAUGGAGCAAGAAGAAAACGGUCAAAGCUGUAUUCAAAAUGGAGUUUCAGGCAACUCAGGUGCCAAAGCUGAAAAAAUCUACAUUGAUGAUAUCUUUGGUGCCGGAGGAUGUUGGAAAGCCAACGGUGAGACUAGAGAGAGCUGCAGUUCAGGAUGGAACCUGUUAUUGGGAGAAUCCUAUAUAUGAGAAAGUGAAAUUCAUCAAAGAUCCCAAAACAGGGAAUCUCAACGAGAAGAUCUACCAUUUCAUUGUUUCAACUGGAUCAUCGAAAUCUGGUUAUCUCGGAGAAGCUUCAUUUGAUUUUACAGAUUUUGCCGCAGAAGCCAAGCCAUCCACGGUUUCUCUGCCCCUCAAGUUUGCCAACUCUGGCGCCGUCCUACACGUGACAAUUCAGAAGAUGGAGGAAGCUACUGAUCAAAAAGACGGUGAAGCUCCAUCGCUUUCCCAUGACGAAGACCUGAAGAACCAACCAGGGAAUUGCAGUACGGAUGAGAACUUGAACAAUUUUGCUAAAGAUUGGCAUCGGAAUGGAACCAUGUCUCAAAUAUCUGAACAAAAUGGCAUCUCCAGAGCAUCUACUGGUUCUAGUGCCACAUUAGCAUCAUACUGGGAUACCAGCUCUAUACAAAGUACUCAACAAGAUCCUGGAUUGAGGAGUAAUAGCAUUCAUCAUGAACCUACCAGCUUGCGGACACAUAUCAGACGGAAUUCCAUGCCUCAGAAGGGAAUUCUUGAUUCCAUAAUCACAAAAAAUCAUGUGCAUCGGAGGUCAAACACGGAUUGCUCAAUGGAUUCAGCUUCAUACGGAAGUUUAGUUGACUCAAUAAACAGCCCCGAGGACAACCUUCCAGGAGAAAGGUUGCAAGAGGCAUCAGAUGAUGCCAUCAAAAAGUUCAAAAAUGAAAUUGCUGCUCUGAUGAGGCAAGCAGAAGUAUCAGAAAUGGAACUAGAGUCACUUCGGAGACAAAUUGUGAAAGAGAGGAAACAAGCAGGAGACACCCUAUCGAGAAAUAUUUUUAGCCUCAAAGAGGAGAAAGAUGCACUCAAAAUAGAAUGUGAACAGCUCAAGUCACUGCAUAAACGUAAUAACGAGGCAGAAGCUCUGAAAACGUUGCAGUCUGAGAUUACAGGUGCAAGAGUUCAAUUAGAAGCAAUGAGGCAAGAGCUUAAUUAUGAAAAGAAUAUAAAUAAGGAUCUUCAGUUACAGCUGCAGAAGACACAAGACUCAAAUGCCGAUUUAAUUCAUGCAGUGAGAGAUCUUGAAGAAAUGCUGGAGAGAAAAAAUAGGGAAAUAAGGGAUCUUUCCAGCUCCAAAAUGAAUGGGGAUAAAAAUUCAACACUCGAAGAAUUGGCUAAAGAGCAUGAUAAUUCGGAGGAAGUAGAUUUGUUGAAGCAGAAUAUCAGAGACCUGAAUGGGGAAAUAGAAUUCUACAAGAAACACAAGGAAGAUCUAGAUAUGCAUAUGAAACAGCUAGUCUUGGACUAUGAGCUUUUGAAGCAGGAAAACCAUGAUAUCUCAUUGAAGUUGGAGAAGAAGCAGGUAAAAGAACAAAUGAUACAAAAUGAAUAUUUGGCGGCUAUGGAAACAAUAAAAGGACUUGAAUCUCAGAUAGAGAGAUUAGAAGGAAAAUUCAAGAAGCAGACAGAGGAAUUCUCAGAAUCUUUGGUCUCCAUAAAUGAACUUGAAAUCCAGGUUCAGAAUUUAGAAACAGAACUGGAGAAGCAGGCACAGGAAUUUGAAGAAAAUCUCAAUAACAUGACAUGUGCCAAAACUGAGCAGGAACAGAGAGCCAUCCGAGCAGAGGAGGGCUUGAGGAAGACCAGGUGGAACAAUGCUGCUACGGCUGAGCGUCUCCAGGAGGAGUUUAGAAGGCUUUCAGUGGAAAUGGCAUCUAAGCUUGAUGAGAAUGAGAAGCAAGCCACAAAAGCACUGACAGAAGCUAGAGAAUUGCGUCUGCAGAAAAUAAAUUUGGAAGAACUGCUCGAAAAAGCCAAUGAAGAGCUUGGACUAAUCAAACAUCAGAAUGAAGUAAAACAGCAACAGCUUUUGAACCAAAUACAUUUAGAUGAAAAUAAGAUAGAGGAGAUGUCAUUGGAACUAGACCAAAAGUCCAUGCAACUCGAAUAUGCACAAAAGCAUGAGAGGGAAGACCAUGAGGCUUUCUUGAUGGAUAUCCAAAUGCUUAGAGCAGAGGUAGAAAGGCUCACAAAAGAAAAGUAUAACUUCUCUGAGCAGGUGGAUAGGGAACAAAUUAAGACAUAUGUUGGUGAAAAGGAGAUGCUCAUGCAAACAUGGAACAAAGAAAGGGGUGAUUUGGAGAAAAAAUUAGCUUCAGCAAGGAAGGAAACAGAAAAAAUACAUGAAGAGUUUAUUGCUAUGAGGUCCUUAAAAGAUGAGAAGGAAGCGAUGAGUAAUGAUCUGCAGUCAGAAGUGGAAAACCUUAGAGCUCGGCAUAAUGAGUUAAAACAUGUCUUGGACAAAGAAGAAUUGGAGAAGGAAAACUUAAGGAGGCAAAUAUUUCAAAUUAAAUAUCAGCUACAGAAGGAAGAAGAAAUGACCGGUAUGGAGAAAAAGCUCAUGAACUGCAAUGGACAGUCUGAAGAAAGAGAAAAUGCCCUGGAAAACCCACUGCUUUCUAAAAUGGGUGCUAUCGAAGACAAGUCAUUGCAGAAAGAAGAUAAUGUGGUACCACAUGAAAGGGGAGGAGAUAUCCACUCUGAGAAAGAGGUGAAGGUCUCCAGUUUCUAUGCUGGGGACAACAACAAUUAUACCAAAUUGUUAUCUGAAGUGGCAUUGCUGAAGCAAAGGAACAAAUAUAUGGAAAGAGAGUUGAAAGAAAUGGAAGAGAGAUAUUCAGAGAUAAGUCUCAAGUUCGCAGAGGUUGAAGGUGAAAGGCAACAACUAGUGAUGACUGUACGAAACCUCAAGAAUGGAAAGAAGAAUUAGCAUUCUAUAACAUUCUGGAUAUAAGAACCAUGGAGCCUCGCAUUAGUGCAGCAGCAAGAUAUGGUUAAACAAUUGAGCACCAAAACCAGGUGUGACCAUCAUCUUCAUUGAACUGUGGUCAAGAAAACAAUGUAAAGUUUGUGAAGUAACACUUUCCUAUGCGUGUCUUGCUCAUCAAGUUUAGGGACAAUACAAGAUUACUAGAAAAUCAACCAUUGUCCUGAUAUGCUCAGCAGCAGAUCAAGGAUCAGGAUCUGCAUUCCUAUAGAUCUGGUCAAGAAGAAUGUAUUUUUUCAAUUAUCAUCGACACAUUUCUUACAUGAUAUAGCCUUUACUUACUCAUUUAUGAUA